CGUUACACCUCAGCUUGAAAUAAGCCCAUGAGCCUACCUAUGAACCCAUCAAUCCUUUCUACUCUAAUUAUUUUAUGAACAUCUGUUCUGUCGUCUCUCUCUCUCUCUCACUCUCACUCACUCCUAAUUCGCAUUCGCAUUCGCAUCCGCAUUCGCAUCCUUAUUUCCGACUUGCUCCCAACACUACCGUCCGCGAAUCCAAUUCCUCUCCCUCAUCGCCUGUCCCCCAUCUCUCGCUUCUCACGUUACCUAGGGUGUUUUUAUACCUACCUAUGGACACUGUCUGCAUUCAUUCUAGGCACCACAGCUCAUAUUGAGACCAUCUACGAGCCCAGCACAUAUCCGUGUGCCUCCUAUACAGGCAACAGACGUGCGUGUGGGUGUUCAACAGGCGACAAACAUCAUGCCGGCAGCCAGCGACCGACUUUGACGUCAGAGAAUGACCGCCUCCAAAAUUCGAGGAGCCAAGCCAAGCUUGCGGGCGUUCUACGCUACCGCCUUCAUCAUCAGCUCUCUCGCAGCCUACUCCUUUAUCGCGCCGCUCUUCUCGCAAGCGCGACUAGACCUCGACUCCCCGUUGCUCGUCUCGAGAAGCGCCCGACCUAAGGACUGCCACGAUGUCCGCGACGCGCUGGAUCAAUGCGCCUUCGUCAAGGCCUACUGCGGUGAUGACGAGGCCGGUCUCCUCUCCUACCUCACGCCCUACUAUUGCGGCUUUUCGCACCUGCGCGGCAUCGCCUUCAUCCUCCUCGUCUGCUGGCUGGGCCUUCUCUUCACCACCAUCGGCAUCGCCGCGAGCGACUUCUUCAGCGUCAACCUGAGCACCAUCGCCAGCAUCCUCGGCCUGAGCGAGAGCUUAGCCGGCGUCACCUUUCUAGCUUUCGGCAAUGGGUCCCCGGACGUUUUCAGCACAUUUGCCGCCAUGGGCUCCAACAGCGCCAGCAUGGCCGUGGGAGAGCUCAUAGGCGCGGCGAGCUUCAUUACCGCCGUGGUGGCUGGGUCGAUGGCCGUGGUCCGCGAAUUCAAGGUCGGCAGGAGGACCUACAUUCGGGACCUGUGCUUCUUCAUCGUCUCCGUUGUCUUCACCAUGAUUUUCUUGGCCGAUGGGUACCUGCACCUCUGGGAGUGCAUGGCCAUGAUCGGCUACUACGUCUUUUACGUCGUCUGCGUGGUGGGAUGGCACUGGUUCUCCACGCGCCAGAGGCGGAGGCGCGUCCGCGACGCCGCCGCCAGGAGCCAUGUCUACGGCGCGGUCGGCCACCCCAAUGACGAGCUCGCCCCGGUGCCCUAUCGAGAUGAGCCGGGCGACGACGAGGCCGGUCCUGUCGGCGGGGGGAGCAGGGCCGACGAAGCGGACAUCGGCCUGUUGGAAGCCGGUCCUCGUAUCGAGAUCGACGGCCAUGAGAUCAGCGCUGGCGACGGUUCCCCGGAAGAAGACGAACAUCUCGGGACCAAAGUGGCUGCCGAGAUGACCAGCAGCAUGCGCGUUCUCCGUCCGCGAGGGAGACGAAGCACAACCAUCACUCCCAUCCGGCCCAGUCUCGUAGGCGCUUUGGAAUUCCGUUCCGCCUUGGCACAGUUGCAAAGGGAAAGCAACUUGAGGCUGAGACCCGUGUACGGCCAUAGGGCAUACUCGGAUUAUCAUGUUGAAGGCAAUCGCAACAACCGUACCACGGGAGGAGCAGGGGCGUCAGCAAGGCACGAACAUCCCGCCGCCCACGCCCAUCUCGGACACGGUGAGGCUACGGGAAGGAACGGAAGGAACGGAAGGAACCGGGCCCUGUCGGCAAACGACGUGCCUCCCUCCUUCCGCUUCCUGCCAUUGCCUGCCAUCGAGAGCGACGCCGACGCCGGGCCUAGCGGUACAUCUGCGUCUACUUCGCCGCCGCAGGGACCCAGCCCAGGCAGGACGCGCAGUCCGUCCCCAAGUUACCAGAUUGGAGGGAACCUAGCGCCGCCCCCCGUCGAUCCGAGCGUCCCGCGGGUCGACGCAGCAGCGGUUUCACAGCGUCAUACCCCGCGUCUUGUGAUACCCGAGUUCGGCGCUGCUGCUUCGGACAGCGGCCGUUCUUCGCCCAUGUCCCCUUUCCCUGCGUUCCAAUACACGGACUCCCCCUUGCUGCUCACUCCGCUGCCGCAAGAGCAGCAUGCCGACUCUUUCCCGCAGCCUACGGCUUCCAGGUUCGAGGCUUCCCUGCCGCCGCCUCUGCCAGUAUCCGAACCUAGACCUGUCAAAUGGUGGCCGCACUCCGUCCUCCCCCCGCCGCACGUUCUACAGACCAUCCUGUUCCCCACGCUCCAAGGGUGGAGGGAAAAGACGGUGUGGGACAAGUUGGUGAGUGCCAUAUCGGUCCCGAGUAUUCUACUCCUCGUCAUCACUCUCCCGGUCGUCGAAACGGAAUCCGACGAUUACCUCGACGGAGACUCGCCGCAUCCGUCUCCUCUCCUCUCCGAUAUCCGUCCCCAGCCGGUCUCUGUACGACCACACGCCGCCAUCGCGCCGGAGACCGAAUGGCAACGCUACAGACGACACAGCACGCGGGAGCGAUCGAGAUCGCCCACCAGCGGCUCGUUCCAUCGCACGUCGCCCGUACUCAUCGCCCUGGAGCCUCCAGGCGACGACGACGUCACCGGCGCUGGCACUGGCCUCAGCCAGGGUGUCGAGGCGGGAACGGCGGGAACGGCGGGAACGGCCGCGUCGGAGAGCGACGCCGCUUUCGAGGCCGAGGAGGAGUCGGCCGGGUGGAACCGGUGGCUGGUGGCGCUCCAGCUCUUCACGGGGCCCCAGUUCGCCAUGCUGGUCCUCUGGGCGAACAUGCGGGAGGACCUAGAGCAGCCCGGCAAGACCCUGCUGCGGAUGUUCCUUUACACGUCGUUGGCCUCCCUCGUCCUCCUGGUCUUCCUCCUCCUCACGACGAGCCCCAACCGGCGGCCCAGGCAUCACUUCGUCCUCUGCUUCCUGGGGUUCGUUAUCAGUGUUGCCUGGAUUUCGACCAUCGCGGGCGAAGUGGUUGGGGUGCUCAAGGCGUUUGGCGUCAUCUUGGGGAUUUCGGAGGCGUUGCUCGGUCUCACCAUCUUUGCGGCGGGUAACAGCGUUGGCGACUUGGUUGCAGACAUGACCGUUGCCCGUCUGGGGUACCCAGUCAUGGCGCUCUCGGCAUGUUUUGGCGGCCCCAUGCUCAACAUCCUCCUUGGCAUCGGCAUCGGAGGAGUCUGGAUGAUGAUGAAGGCCGCCGAUCACUGGAAGAAGAAACACCCGGACAAACCGGUCAAGUACAAGCCGUACCAGAUCCAGAUCGACGGCACCCUCAUGAUCUCGGCGGUCACCCUCCUCGUCACCCUCCUCCUGCUUCUCGUGGUGGUGCCGAUGAACAAGUGGAUGCUCUCGCGCAAGAUCGGGUACAGCCUGAUCGCGCUCUGGGCCGUGGGCACUGUGGUGAAUAUCGCGGUUGAGGUGACGGGGGUGUGGACGGAUGUGACCUCCUGAUGGCUUUCCCUUUGGGAUGAUUACCAUACCGGACUUUUCCCCCCUCGUUGUCUGGGGCAAGGCUGAGCCGUGUUAUGAUAGGAAUGCCGUUUAUGGCGUUGCAUAGCGUGCGUUGAGAAUUCAAAAGUCGGGCUUUUUGGCUUGUUCUGUUUGUCCUAUCAGUCAGUUUUAGUCCUGUAAGUGCCGCGUAGUGCUGCUUAACAGGCUAUGACAAGUAAGCGGAGACUGCGGAGUGCCCCUCCAACCCCUGAGAGUGUCGGUGAGGGGCAAUGAGGGGUCAGCAAUACGAGGGGAUUGGGUGUCUUUCUCUCGUCCGAGGAACGGGGUGCCUCGAAACAGCAACUCCGCCAGUUUAGGUGGGCUAAGGGUGAAACGGGUGAUCGACCAGUCCGUUAAGGUAGUGAUAGGUACCUUUGGGGAAGCUACCGCUAAAAGGCCCCCGGAGACAGGCCAGGAACAGGACAUUUCAGAGC